AUGUCGCUCAAGCAGGAAAUCGAGACUUGGGUCGAAGCGCUUGGGCACUAUGACAACCAAGAGUUCGAGGAAGCGUUGCGGAUUUUCGACGCAAUUGCCGAUACCUCCAAGAUCCUGUUCAACUGCGGAGUUAUCCAUGCCACCAUUGGCGAACAUGAAAGAGCGGUGGAAUGUUACCAGCGCGCAAUCAAGCUCGACCAGUAUCUCGCCGUGGCCUACUUCCAACAAGGCGUCUCAAACUUCCUGGUCGGGGAUUUCGAAGAAGCACUGGCAAAUUUCAAUGACACCCUGCUCUACUUGAGAGGCAAUACAUAUAUCGACUACGAGCAGUUGGGCCUGAAGUUCAAGCUUUACUCUUGUGAAGUUCUCUUCAACCGUGGCCUGUGCUACAUGUACCUCCAGCAAGAGCAGGCUGGUCUGCAAGAUUUCAAUUUCGCUCAGAAGGAAAAGAUGACUCCUGACCACGAUGUAAUUGAUGAUGCUAUAAAGGACAUGGCACAGGGCUAUGUGGUGUUCAGCAUACCUGUCGGAUGUGUUUACAGACCAAAUGAAGCCAAAGUCAAGAACCUCAAAGCAAAAGACUACCUGGGUAAAGCUCGACUGAUAGCCACAUCGAACAGUGAGAACACCGGUACCGGAUUCCAGGGUGUUGAGAGAAAACAGGCCGUAGCGGCUGAGAUGUCAGCCAAGGAUGACCGUCCUCCGGAAAAUAUCAGCUAUGCUGCAACAAAUCUGGUCCAGCGCAAUCUGUCCAGUAGAGUGGUUCGAGACCAGAGCGCUCCUCCUGUUAUGAACCGAAACGUGUUCCCGCCAACACCGCCACCAGAGAACGAGAAGCCCAGGCUAAGCGGCAACGGUUCUUCAACGUUGCCUCUUCGGAGCAGUUCUAUGCGUCAACCACGGAACAUGUACUCCAGACCGGACAUGGAUCCUCCCAGACCCGGUAUGAUGAGUCGGGCCGCAACCUUCGACACCAGCGCGAACCCACCACCCAGCGUAGGCAGGAUGCCGCCUCCACAACGCGAGAAUUCCUGGCCAGAGGAACCUUCUAUGACGGAACGACCACAGAUGGAAAGAUCGCGCUAUGGCACCCAAAGGACCGCUUCUGAGCCCCGAGGUCCUUCUGUUCGACGGCAGAUGCUGGACCGCUCGGCCUCACAAAGGGCACCCGCACCAUUGUUCCGAGAGACAACCCAAUCUCGAUACGAAGACCCCAGCGACACUGUGGAUGAUGUCUAUCGUAUGUAUUCCAGCCCCCGAAGGCGUCAGCGACGCCCAGAACAAGAGCUCUACUUGAACGAAGAAGACGAAUAUAUAGACGAGGAGGAAAUGAGCGCUGAAGACAUGACGGGAUUCGAGCCCGUCCGCCGGGCGCAGUCCCGGUCCGGGCGCGGCAGCAAGCGACCCGAAAUGCGCAAGAUCCGAGUCAAAUGCCACUUUAACGAUGACACGAGAUACCUAAUGAUUGGCGCCGUGAUCGACUUUGGUGACCUUGAAAGCAAGAUCCGUGAGAAGUUUGGAAUCAAGGACCAAUUGAAGAUCAAGAUGCAAGAUGACGGUGAUAUGAUCACCAUGGGUGAUCAAGAUGAUCUGGAGAUGUUGUUGGCGAGUGUGCGCAACCAAGCGAGGAAAGAGAGGAAUGAAAUGGGCAAGAUGGAGGUCUGGAUUUCAUGA